AUGACGACGCUCACGCACCGAGCGCGGCGGCUGGAGGCCAGCAGGAACACGGACAAGAGGACAGACAGUGAGGAGGAUGUGGCUGCAGACAGGGACCUCAACGAGGAUGAUCCUGAUGACUCCAAAGAUAUCCGUCUCACGCUCAUGGAGGAGGUGCUGCUGCUGGGGCUGAAGGACAAGGAGGGCUACACCUCCUUCUGGAAUGACUGCAUCUCCUCGGGGCUGCGUGGGGGCAUCCUCAUCGAGCUGGCGCUGCGCGGCCGCAUCCGCCUCGAGCCACUCUCCAGCAGGAAGAGGAGGCUCCUGGAGAGGAAGGUGCUGUUGAAGUCGGAUGCUCCGACCGGUGAUGUGUUGUUGGAUGAGACUCUCAAGCACAUCAAGGCCACAGAGACUGCAGAAACAGUUCAGACCUGGAUAGAGCUGCUUACUGGAGAGACCUGGAACCCCUUCAAGCUGCAGUACCAGCUACGGAACGUGCGUGAACGCAUCGCCAAGGCUCUGGUGGAGAAGGGAAUCCUCACCACGGAGAAGCAGAACUUCCUCCUCUUUGACAUGACCACCCACCCCGUGAGCAAUGCCAGCGAGAAGCAGCGCUUGGUGAAGAAGCUGCAGGAAAGUGUCUUGGAGCGUUGGGUGAAUGACCCUCAGCGCAUGGAGCGUAGGACUUUAGCCCUCCUGGUCCUGGCUCACUCCUCAGAUGUGCUGGAGAACGUUUUUGGCAACCUGGCAGAUGAUAAGUAUGAUGUGGCAAUGAACAGGACCAAGGAUCUGCUCGAUAUGGACCCUGAGGUGGAAGCUGCCAAAGCUAAAGGCACUGAGAUGAUCUGGGCAGUCCUGGCAGCCUUCAAUAAAUCCUAA